UCCAGGACCUCUCAUUGGCCAGUCCCCCUCCUGCAGGAAAUCGCAGGGCCUUUCAGCAUCUCGAUAAGCCUCCCUGGGUCACCAGGCUGCCCUCCUGCUCCUGCAGGCAGCCACCCAUCCAGAGGGUGAAAAGCAUUCUCUGCCGUUUGUCAAUCCCAGGAAAGCUCUUUUCGUUUCUACUCACCACCUCCAGCAAGAAGAAUGGUGUCAAGGAACACCAGCGGAGGGUUUCUGAGCUUGGAUCCAACCACCGCAGCCUGGGAGACAGCAUUCACAUCCAUGAAUCACACUGGCCAGGCCCAUCCUCAAACUUUCAACGCGGUGACCGUGACCCUGUACCUGCUGACGGCCGUCAUCGCCCUGGGGGGACUGGCAGGAAACGCGGUGGUGCUCUGGCUCCUGGGCUUCCACUCGCGCAGGAACGCCUUCACCGUCUACAUCCUCAACCUGGCGGCAGCCGACUUCUUGUGCCUCUGCUGCCAAGUUAUCGAUUCCGUGGAGGCCCUCAUCACCUGCUGCAGCCACAGUUCCAGCCCCGCCUUUCUCGCCACGGUGAUGACCUUCGCCUACCUGGCAGGCCUAAGCUUGCUCAGCGCCAUUAGCACCGAGCGCUGCAUGUCCGUCCGGUGCCCCGUCUGGUACCGCUGCCGCCGACCCACACACUUAUCAGCCAUCGUGUGUGCGGUGCUCUGGGCCCUGGCCCUGCUGCUGAGCACCCUGGAAGGGAAGUACUGUGGCUUACUCUUAACGAGUUUCAGCCAUCAUUGGUGUCGGGUGUUCGAUUUCAUCGCUGCCGGGUGGCUGAUCUUCUUAUGUGGGCUCCUGGCGGGGUCCACCCUGGCCCUGCUGCUCAGGAUCCUCCGAAAGUCCCAGCGCAUGCAGCUGACCAGGCUCUAUGUGACCGUCGUGCUCACAGUGCUGGCCUUCCUGCUCUGCGGCCUGCCCUACGGCAUCCUCUGGUUCCUCUUAAUCUGGAUUCAGGAUGAUCUGUUUGCCAGCCCCUGUCACCACUGCCUGGUUGUCUUUGGCUUGUCCUGCGUCAACAGCUCCGUCAACCCCAUCAUUUACUUCUUCGUGGGCUCCUUCAGGCAAAGGCAGGCAAAGAGGCGAGGGCGAGGGCGAGGGCGCCGGACCCUCAAGGCGGUGCUCCAGCAGGCCUUGGAGGACAUAUCAGAACUGGGUGAAAGCGAAAGCUCCUUUCCUCGGGCAACCCUGGGGUCGGGGAGCAGUCUGGUGUCGGGAAGCGGUCUGGUGUUGGGAAGCGGUCUGGUGUCCUGAUUCAGGGUCUCUGCCUUGGUCAGACACACUGUGGCCUUGAGCGACAACUUCCUCUCUAUCACUUCGGGAGGAUUUCUUAGGUUCUCUCAGCCUCUGGACCCACCCUGACUGUAAAACGGUUAAACAAACCAUCUGGGUGCUGAGGAUUAAGGGAGACAGUGCCUGUGGCACAAGCGCUGCGUGUUGUCUUCAGGACUGUCUUACCCAGGGGUCUUCACCCCACUCCAUGGGAGCUUCGCCAACUCUGGGUUCCAGGACUACUUCCACUUAUGAAGAAUCCCACCUUCAGCAGAAGUUGAACACAUGCACAAAAGGUCUUAAGUUUCUUUGGUCACUGCACUUGCUAGGGAUUAAACAUGACAUUUUUGACCAGUUUAUUACAAUCUGUUACUUUCUUACUAUCAGUUUUUAUACAAGGAAAAGAAUUCAAUUUCCAUUGAGCCCCAAAGAGUAGUCUUUGAUUUUGCCAGGCCUCAGAAUGACUCCUAAACUGGAUAAAUGUUUAUUGAAUAAAUGACUUAAUGAAUGAAAAAAAAAAUGAUGAAUUUUUAAGUCCAGCCUGUGCUAAAUCUCCAUUUACCAGAUUUGAAUCCCAUCUUUAAGUCUGUUGCUUUCACCAUUUUCAACUUUUUCAAGCAUGACGUUUUAUAACCAGAUAAAUCAAUAGUAAAGCAUAUCUGAGGUUUGUAGUGGGUCAUCUUCCUGUGAUUUCCUUCUGCAUACCCUCCAGUAGAAUCCGACAUGCACACCUUCUCACUCCUACUCCUUCAUCAUUGCCCUGGAGCUCACUGAUCCUUCAUGCACGUUUCCAGCGUGUCUUACUAGACUCUGUUCUCUGAGAACAGGAUCUGUGUCAGAUUUACCUUCUAUUUCAAAGAGCUCACAGCACUGACUUUAGUAAGCUAGUUACACACAAAAUAUUUUUGUUACUUGUUCUAUAAAAAUAAAAUAUUAAGCUUAAAUGUUGCAUCUUUCAAUAAUUUUUAACUGAAGUAUAAUUAAGACAGAGUGAUUGCACAGAUCAUUAGUGGAUACAGUUCAAUGAGUUUUGGCAAUAAAUACACACCCAUGUGAUUGACAUAGACACACUUCAAUAUAUAUAAAAUAGAUAACUAAUAAGUACAGGAAACUCUACUCAAUACUC